ACUACUUCCGGUUCAAAGCCUCCGGUUAUACUUCUACCUUUUUUUUUAUCACCACCUUAGAAAAGGCUUAAAUUAGACCCUAAAAUAUCAUCUUAUUAAAUAGUUUUUACCUCUACUAAUUCAGUAUUUGAUUAGAAAAUAAUGUCUGAAGAUAAAGAUCAAGAACUUGUAUGGAAAGUGAAAAACGGUGAACUCAAUGACAUCAAAACACUUGUAGAAAAAGAGGGUGUGAAUGUUAAUAAGGAAAUCCAAGGCCGUCUUCCCUUACAUUAUGCUGCAGAUUAUGGCCAAACAGAAGUAAUAGAAUAUUUGAUAAGCAAAGGAGCUAAAGUCAAUGCUCCUGACAAAUAUGGUAUAACACCAUUAUUGUCUGCCAUUUUUGAAGGACAUACUGCAAGUGUACGACUGUUAUUAGAAAAGGGUGCAGACAAAUCUGGUAAGUCUCCAGAUGGUGCUUCAUACAUAGAUUGUGCUGAAAAAGAUGAGAUCAAGGCUCUUCUAAAAUAACUGGUAAAAAACCCACAGUACAGAAACAUCUGCAGAAAAUAUAAGACAGAAAUGCUGGUUCGGUGGAUCAAGUGGUGUGACAUUCAUGUAUCUAAUUUUUUCAACUUAUGAAAUAUUUUUUAAUACUAGUAAGGAUGAAAUAAAAUCUGUCAUCACAAUAUAUUUUAACAGCAUAUAUUUAAAAACAGUAAUUUGUUAAAAUAUAUAUUGUUUUCAUGUGGUGUGUAAAUUGUAAAUGUUGUUUUGGUUAUGUUAAGAUGACCUCAAGUCUUAAUAUAUUGAAUCUUUAAACAUGAGUAAAUGGGGACAGAAAAGGUGUUAAAAAUUCAAUGUUUAAAAAAAAAUUAUUAAUAAUAUUAAUUUUCAUAACUAUAAACAUGUUCAUUAACACCUAUGGAUGUUUUUCUAGCUUUAUACUAUAGCUAAUUAAAGAUGUACUGCAGUUGACAUAGAGUAUUUCAGUACUCAACAAAUAAAUACACCAUUAACAAUUGAAAUUUUUUAUGUGUAAUUCAAUUUCAAUACCUCCCAUGUGAGUGCCAGUGAAAUCCAGGGAUUAAAGACGAUUUCAAAAUUAUUUAAAAUGAAAGUAACAAUGUAAUGUAAAAUCAACUACCAUUCUAUACUAUCUCAAUGUUUAAUUUUGCAUGCAUUCUCAAGUCAGUUAUACUUGUGAAUAUAUUUAUUUUUGUGCUCUUUAUUUUAAAUAUAGUUUGCUAGGUUGCCAUGCUUUUGAUAAUAAUAUUACUAUUUAUACCAGUAAAAGUUUUUGCUUAUUUUUGUAAUCUAUUUUAGGAAAAUUGUUACUAUUCCUAUAAAAUAUAACUACAAUAAAAUAAUACUACUAGUAAAUUGACCAAUAUGUUAAAGCAAAAUAAUGGCUUUGUAUAAACUUUGUGCAAUGUGGUUAAUAGGAUUAUUCUGACAAAAAGCUUUAGAUUCUCUGUGGGUAUGAUCUGUGCUUAAUGUAAGUUCUUGUUUGAGGACUUUUUUUUUUUUUAUAUAAUUCAGAUUUGAUUUAGUUCCAGGAAAUUGUGCAGAAAAAAGUUGAUGCAUUUACAAAUGUACUUGCCUUCUAUUGGUAAUUAAAAUGGAUAUCUAAAUCGA